UUACUGUUGCAGCAAGGGACAUUUCAAUACACACAAUAUGGUUGCAUGAAGGAAAUGCUCAGGGGGGCAGUCCCCCUGAGAGCCAUUUAUACAGUCAGACUUAGGAAUCGUGGCAAGUCCUGCAUCAUUGCUGGCUCCUGGAACAGAUAUAUCUGUAUCUCUGCAGUCUGACUGCUUAUGAGAACUGAGUUGGUGUCAGCACAAAAUACAAUCAAUAAAGUACACACAGUAUCUGUUCUAGAGCUACUGUUUACACUUUGCAAGUACAGAAUGUAUAAUAAUUGUACUGUGGGUCACCUGAUGUUACUGUCUCUUGAUAAACAUUCUUCCAAGAGUUGGCAAUAACUUUCACAUCACUAAUCAAAAAAGGGCAACUGACCUGCAUUAUAAACAAACGCUAAUUAUAGAUUUAAUUUCGGCCCCAGUAUUACAAUAAAUUUUCCCUUAAAUGAGCAUGCUACCAAAUAUUUAAUGGAUACUGUGAAACUUUGUCUAUGCAAAAAAAAAAAUUUACCCCAGCUCCACGCCUAACUAUAAUUAGUAAAUAUAUUUAAAUAUAUGUGCAAGAAAAAGCUAUACAUUGACAAAAUAUAAUUAAAAACAUGCAAUACGAUUACAUAAUUUGACACUGAAGUAAUCAACUCAAAUUGAUAACUGCUAAUAUGUCCCGUCAGCUUUAUUUUGAAGGUCAACAGUACAACAUCCGGUGUCUUCCUCCUUAUCCUACAGAAACUUGACGCCAUCUUGUCCGUUCGCCUCGCCCGUCAAUAGACCGCUCACUCAGUCUCUCAGCCCGCAACUUCGGUCGCUCUCCCUCGCUGUUUCUCACUUUCAUCACAUUAAUGGAUCACCGAUUUAAAACUGGGAGGUUUGCCGUGUCGUGGCCGGUUUGCAACUGUUAUUAAUGUUUCCCGGUCUCUGACAAACAUAAGUCCGAACCCGGAGAAGCUGAGUUUCCAGCGGACCGCUCAACUCCGCCGACAGAGUCCAUGCUCAUCCACACGCAGCCCCCAAAGGUCACGUGGAAAAAUAAUAUUGAAAACAUGGGUUAAAGUGGCUCAGCUUGGAUGCUUCACUCAGCUCUGGCCUUGUUGUGUCGCUGCUUCCCGUCCGUGUGUGUCAGGGCAGUGUAUCUGGCUUCGGGAUGAACAACGUUGAGCUCCUAAACUACCACAUGCACAGAUGUAACUGAAAUGCGGCGUGGUCGUGGCUGAUCUGGGAUGAGCCUGGCGGAGUUUAGGCUGCAGGACUCGCAGUGUGUCCGGAGGAGGUGGCUGUCUGCGGCCAUGAAGCCGCCCUGCUCCCUCUCCUGCUACCUGUGGUUCCUCCUGCUUCUGGGAGCCGGAUCUCUCCUGCUGCUCGCCCACCUGCAGGACCUCACCGAGACGGUCCAACAGCAGUCCCCAGGUGCGAACGUGCUGGUGGCUCCCAGGUGGCCCGUGGAGAAGCUGAGUCUCCUCCAAGUUGUGAAGCAGCAGUCCUCCACUGCUGCUGCACACAGGCAGAGAGCACCACCCGGUGGACUGGAUGUGGUGAUGGACAGCACAGCUGCUGAUGUGCUGAGGUCUGACACCCCUCCCCUGGAGCUCAGGCCGCCGCACUCAUCUCUCUCCGUCUUUUCGGAUGCUUCAGCUGGCUCCAAACAGCCGGUCACCAAACGUCACAGGAAGCUGCUUCUGAAGAGCAGCUUUGCUGCCUCCAGUGCCCCCAGUGGUGGAGAGGAGGAGCAGCAGCAGAAGCAGCAGCUGAUGCUGGCCAGGACGCAGGAGUCACGCCGCCGCCUGCUGAGCGAGGUCUGUGCCAGAUAUAGGCCCGGCGUCACCAAGUGGCCUGUGUCUAAGCGGCAGGUGUCACGGGUUUAUGUGGAGGACCGGUACAGGCUGCUGUACUGUGAAGUGCCCAAAGCCGGCUGCUCCAACUGGAAGCGGGUGCUGAUGGUACUAGGCGGGAGUGCCACCUCCACUCAAGACAUUCCUCAUGAUGUGGCGCAUUACGCCAACCACCUGCGGCGGCUGGAGAGCUAUGACCGCACCGGCAUUGUCAAGCGUCUGCGCUCCUACACCAAAGUGCUGUUCGUCCGGGAUCCCUUUGAGCGUCUGGUAUCAGCCUUUCGGGACAAGUUUGAGAGCCCGAACUCGUACUACCACCCCGUGUUCGGACGGCCCAUCAUCUCCAGAUACCGCACCAACGCCACACGCACUGCUCUGCGCACGGGUGCUGGCGUCACCUUUAGGGAGUUCGUCCGGUACCUCCUGGAUGUGAAUCGGCCGGUGGGUAUGGACAUCCACUGGGAGCCGGUCAGUCAGCUGUGUAGCCCCUGCCUCCUCGGAUACAACUUCAUCGGGAAGUUUGAGAAUCUGGAAGAAGAAGCCAACUUCCUGCUGCAGAGUGUCAGCGCGCCGCAGAACCUCACCUUCCCUGACUUCAAGGACAGGAACCCCCUGGCUGAGAGGACUUCUUCCGAGAUCACCCAGAAGUACUUCUCCCAGCUGAACUCGACAGAGAGGCAGAAGGCCUUCGACUUCUACUACAUGGAUUAUCUGAUGUUUAACUAUCCCAAACCCUUCAAAGACCUGCACUGAGCUCCAUGGGCUUGGAAACACAUUCGGUUGAACUUUAUCACCUGACCUUAUUCUUUUUUAUAAACAACGCCUUCAUGUGUCAGGUGUGUCAGAAUGAGCCUGGAGCCCAUAAUGCACUGCAGUGCCUUGGGUUGACCUGACAGUCAGCGCUGAGGGCUGCAGAUGCUGUUGAUGCUGCACAUCACUGAGACCGGACCUCUGGUGUUUGUGGCUCUUUAUGUUUAACGUGGAGACGUCGUGUUUCUGUGGGCUGCAGACAUCAUGUCUGCUCCGUCAAGCUGUUUGUUUGUCAUUUGCUCUGUCACGGUGGCGGCUAGGAGUCAGUGCAGGGCGAGAGUAACACCUGAACGCCAGCUCUGAUCCACAGCUUCCACCUAUGUCAUCCCAGGGUCUCCCUAAAUCACACCAGACCAAACAUGAGCGCUGCAGCUAACACUGGUUUUCAUUCUAGAUGGAUCUGUUGUUUGUUCCCCAGGUAAAGAAUUAAACAUAUGGUCUGUAAAAUAUCAGAAAUAAAUGUAAAUCGGCCUGACACGUAUCAGCUGGCAUACGCUUCCCACAGAUCUUUGUGUUAGUGUCAGAGCACAGGUGAGAAGCUAUGCUCAGUGGUCAGUUUAUUAGGAACACCUGUCUCAAACUAAGUCGGUUUGAUCCAACAGUCCUACAGUAAAUCCUCCUUCAUGAAGCUGAUGGGUUCAUUAACACCUCCCCCUCCGUGAAAGAGACCCAGCUGGGACUGACAGCUGUGGACACCUCAGUCGUGUCCAGGUGUUCAUGUUUGCCACAGCCAUGAUUGUUCUGCAUCAGAGCGAAGGUGCUGGAGCUAAAUGACAGGCACUGAUUGGGGUUGUUGACUCUGCCAAACAGACGUUGUCUCACUGCCUUUCCUUGGUUAACUUGACUCUGGCUUCAUCACUCAGCCAAGAAGUGAACUACACGCACUAAUGAUGACUUCUGUGAAGUUUCAUCUACAUCUGCAUUAAGCUGUCAGAUUUGUCAACCCCACCAUCUGCAGGUGGGGGUGAGAUCCACAGUGAAACCCCUGGACAUAAGAAACACAGUUCAAACCAUUCUUCAGCUCAUAGAAUCAGUUUUAUCAGAGUCAACAAGACUCCAGUUGAUGACAGCAGCUGUGUGAUCAGCAAUCUUCAUAACUUUACCUCUUCAUUUUAUAAAAGCUCGAUUCUCACGUUAUAGUUUUUGUCCUGGACAGAAAAGGAUGUUUUUAAUUUUCACCAGCCUAAUGCAGACGUACUGUAUGCCAGUCAUUUUCUCACCAUAACGAUUGUUGUUUGUGUAACAGAGGAGUCUGAAGUGGAAAUGUCACACUUUAAGAGGUAACGCUGGUGAAUUAGUGUGCUUGUGUUUUUCUGCACAAACCCCAUCCAGAGACUAAACAUCAGGGUCUGGACUUGCACGUAUUACGGUGAGGACACCACAUUCACUGUUGUUGUUGGUCUCUGGACAGGGUUAGUGGUAAAUAAGACAAAACGUACAGAUUCAGCGGCUGCAUUCUUUAAACUUCCUGCUGUUCUAUGGUGUCAAACUGAAAACAUGCAGCUGAAGCGAGUCAAACUCUGCUUGUCUCUGCUGUUGUGAUGUUCCUCUGAGAUGAAGAUGACCUCUGAGCCUUAACACUGCCAUGUGAUGCUUUAUGUCGCUGUUUGUUUCUGUUGCUACAAAUAAAUGUGAGACUUUAAUA